AUGGACGGUGCAGCAGCAGCAACAGCAGCAGCGCGUGCGCAGCUCGAGGAGGUGACGCGGCGGCUGCACGGCGCAGGGCUCCUCGGGGAACGGCUGCUGGCACAGCAGCAGCGGCUGGAAGAGGCACUGGCAGUGCCGGCACAGCUAUCGGCACGGCUGAGCGAGUUGGAGCGAGAACUGGAGGAGAUCAAGCGGGACGCGGGAGAAAAUUGGCAGGCAGUAGAGGCCCUGUCGUCAGGAGGGGAAACAUGGGAGACGCCGGAGACGCCAAAUAUGACGAAAUGGGGGGGAAAUGGGGCGGUGUCGCCGGUCAAACAGGCACUGUCGAUGCGCCGGCGGCCUACAAAGCUGUCUGCGCGGACGCACAACCUGGAAUUCGCGGCAGAAAUCGGUCAGGGAUUGCUGGCAGAAGUGCGGCGAUUGCAGGGAGUUUUGGGCGAACGGGAUACACAAUGGAAGGCGGCAGAGCACGAGAAGAGAGUACUUGAGCAGCAGAUCGAGGCAUUGGAGCACCGGCUGAAAGCAGUGGGAGAAUCGGAAGAGCGUUACAAAGAGGAAAAUUGGAAUUUGGAGCUUCAGACACAGGAUCUGAAUCAACGGGUGAACGAGGUAUCAGCAGCAGAGCAGCGGGUGACGCAGGAAAAUGUGCGUCUGCAAAGGCAGACGCAGGCACAAAUGGAGACGGUUGAAACGCUGCGUGCAAGGGAAACAGAGCUGAGUGAGGAAGUGGAACAGCUGAGGACACGGUGGGAAAUAGAUAGUGCGGGUUUUAGGCGGACACAGGCGGAAUUGUUGGAGGAAAGGGCGGAGUUGAUGCAUCAGAUUGAAGAAUUGAAGGCAGAACUUGAAGCACAGCGGCAGCCGGUGCAUUGGCAGGAAGAAUGGGCCGGGGGGAAUGAUAUGACAGAGGUGCAGACGGCGGAAGAGUUAUCUGACGAUGCAACGCUGGAGGAGCAACGAUCGCCACAGUCGCCGAUCAAGCAUACGCCGUUGAGAAGCGUCCCACUUGAGGUGGAGACGAUGAAGGCGUCGUUUUCCCAUGCGCAGCGGACGAUUUACGGGCUUAGGAAUGCUGUACAGCAUGAAAAAAGCGAAAAAAUCAAGCUGAGACAGCGGUUGAACGAAGCACUGGAGCAAUUGGAGAAGGUGAAUGCCAAAGACCAGCUGCUGGUGAAGAGGAAGGUGCCCAGGCGGCGGCGGCUGUUUCAUUAUCAGGGAAAUGAGUAUGGUUCGGUCAAAGGUAGGAAUGGAGCUGCGAUUGAGUCGGAUUUAGAGUGGGAAUAUGACCAAGAAGCACUUGAUCAGGCCGAGGACAGGCCGGAUGAAGGGCAGGUGUUUGGGGAAGGCAGUCUGGAUGAGCUAAAUGGGCAGAAUGGGCAUAUUGGAUCGAAUGGGCAGAAUGGAGAGUCAUUUGAGGCAGCGUUUGAGCCGACGUUUGAACCAGCAUUUGGAAUGGGUUAUAAGGCGGGUUUUGGAACGGAUUCUGGGAUAGAGGAAUCAGAAGAGGAGAAAGAUCUUCGAGAUUGGGAGGACAAACGAUUAAGUCGUAUGAAAAAGAUGGAUUAUAUGGAUGACGAGAGUGAUGCCUUUUUGAAUUCAAACAAUGACCCGGAUAAAUAUAAGGAGCGGGAAGUCACUGUUGAAAAAGGGCGUGUAUUAUCGCUCGACAUGACUGGGCAGUGUCAGCCGUUAUUCAAGGAAUUACAGAUAUUCAAUCAAAAUGCAUACGUUGAGACGGUAGACGUUGCAACGAUGACGGAUGAAGUGUCUGAUUUGGUUCAAAUCAAGAUUUUUCUUUUUAACCGGGAUUCGAGUGUCGUUGAAAGACACGUUCUCUCAGGCCAUGACAAGAAUGACUUUCAAGUACAGGAUAUCAAGUCGCCUUCAAGGUCGCCUGUAAGGUCGCCUGUAAAUCAGCUUGACCCAGCUCGGCUUGAUAAGGAUAAUCUUAGUAAAGAUCAUUUUAGUAUAGACAAUCUCGACAUAGAAUAUCUUGAUCCCGAUUGUUUUGACAAGAAUGAUGUUGAUAUGGGUCACAUUACGAUUCACCCUAGUGGGCGUUGCCUUGAUCCUGAGCGUGAUUUGGUUUAUCUUGUAGCGGAUUGUGAUACAGUUGAUCUUGAUGGGGAUCAUAGUGCGGAUCAUUUGGAUACCGCUUGCCUUGGUUCGAAUCAAAUUAUUCCGGAUAAAUGUGAUGCAACUCUUCAUGAUACGGUUUAUUUGGAAUCAAAGCAUUCUAAUACGGAUUUAAUGGUUGAACCUUCUCAAAACGUUAAAGAGGAUGAUGUACAAGAUAGCAAUAAUGUAGAGUCCCAGUCAAGACCUUUUUCAUUCAGUUCUAUCGUGUCGAUUUUCAAGCUUGGAAGGAAGAAAAGUAUUCACAUAUCACCUUCUGUUUCGAAAAUGAAUAAAACACCGUCCAGUGAUGCUUCAAAUGAAGAAACUUCUCCGGUAAACCGGUUUAACUCUCUUGAAGUAAUGCCUGACUUGGAGCUGAUGAAUGGUAUCAAAGAACCGCAAGAUGAAUUGAGUUCAAAAUUGAUGAGUGAUGCUAAAUGUACUGAUAAUGAACUUGAUUUCAGAUCGGUGAAUGGUAUUAAACAUGAAAAUCAAUCUUCUGAUUCGAAAUCAAUGGAUAAUAUCAAACAAGAGGAUAAAUCUGAUUCCAAUUUGAUUAAUAAUAUUAAACAAGAGGACAAGUCUACUUCGAAAUUAACAAAUAUUAUUAAACGAUUGGAAAAUGAAUUUAAUAUGACCUAUCAUAGCCGUCAAUCUAAAGCAGCUAUGGAAAGAUCUCAGAAUAGUGUUGUGAGUUCAAAAAUGACUUUUAGCGAUCAAGGAACGAUAUUCUCUGUUUCUUCCAAGUUUUCGGAAAAUAAUACGACAGAUCAUUCUUUGCAUUCGUGUUCUUUAAACAGAAGCGUUGGUUCUAGAAUUUUAAGGAAGUUAAACACUAAUUCGACACCUCGUUUGGCACAAAAUGUUAAUGAGGAACAACCGUUUCAUCACUCGGGAUUCAAUGCACAGGAUAAGUCGGUUGGAUCUUCCCCGUGUAAUUCUUUUUUAAAGAGAUCAAAUACACUUUUUUCCACUCCUACGAAUAAUAGAAGAGUCCUAUCUAGGUCUAAUACUGCUUUUGACUCUGCUCGAGCUACUAAAGGCUCUAUUAUCGACACUGAUAGGAAAAUGUCUUAUGAUUCGUUUUCCUCUUCUAUGAGUAAUAUUGAAAACUUUCAGCCUCAAUCGAACGGACUUAAGAUUCUUACUUAUACACAGUCAUCCAUAGAUCCACAAAUUAUUCACUCUGUUACUCAAACAAUGAUUGGUGAAUAUUUAUGGAAAUAUACACGUAAACAUAUCCGUCAGGAAUUAUCCCGUAAUCGUCAUUUGAGGUUUUUUUGGAUUCAUCCUUAUUCAAGGUCUUUAUAUUGGUCAAAAUAUAACCCCUCGACUUCUUAUGGACAUGAAUUGUAUGCAAAAUCUGCGUUUAUCCAGUCGGUAAAAGUCGUUUAUGAUAAUAAUCCUUAUCCACAAGGAAUUUACAACAAAAGUAUUAUUGUUGUUACGCCGACUCGUGCGAUCAAAUUUACUACAACAUCAUCUAGCAGUCAUGAGCUUUGGUAUCAAGCAUUAUUGUAUUUGACUUCUCGGGUAAAUUUACUUAUGGAAAUCCCUACGAAUAGAGCUAAAGAUGUGAUGGGAAUGAAAGCUUUCGACUUGACUUCUCAACAAGCUAAUGAAAAUAUCAGCCCAACAUUUAAGCAUUCGAGAGAUUCUUCUUCUACUUUUUUCAAUAAUUCAAAUAUGGCGACUCUCGAAAAAAAAUCAUCUUUGCGAAGACAAAGUUCUUUUUCUAGAUUGAAUCAAACGAUUCGAUCCGAUGUUAGCUCGUCUCCAUCUUUAGAAUUUAAGAAACCUUAUCCUAAAAAUUAUGCUUCAUCUGAAACUGAGCGCCGUAUCAAUGACCGGUAUGAAAGGAUUAAUUCUAUUAUAAAAUAUGCAAAUUUGGAGAAUGUUCGAUCUUGUUGUGAUGGUAAUUAAUUUUCUUUUGAAGUCUUUUUCUUUUAUUUAUUUACCUU